AAAUGGGAUCCAAUCAAUAAAACAGAUUCGGAGUUCUCAACAGUCGGUCUUUUCAGUAAGAUCAUCAUCGAGAUGCCAUCUGCGAAACCCUUCUCCGCCGCCGCAGGCAUGCUACGAUCACGGUUGACCUCCGCCCUCCGCCAACGAGGCGGUGAUACGACUAGCCGAUGGACUACCCCUGGCCACCAGGAGCGACCUAAUGGCUACUUUCUAAACCGAACCCCUCUCCCACCCGGCCAGUCGAGGAAAUGGGAAGAUUGGGAGCUACCUUGUUACGUCACCAGCUUCCUAACAAUCGUCAUCCUCGGAGUCGGACUCAACGCCAAGCCUGAUCUAACCCUAGAGACCUGGGCUCGCCAGAAAGCUAUAGAACGGCUUGCAUCUCAGAAACAGAUAGUUGCGGUGUCCACAUCUGACGAAUCCGAUUGAUUGUUCAAUCCUCAGUCGUCUGGUAAUAUUUUCUAUAAUUUUGCUUGUUCCGAUGUUGGGGAUUGAGUCCAGUUCUGCUGACUAAAUGUGAAAAUUCUCAAGUUGUGAUGUGAUUAUAUAUGCUUUUGUUCGAUGCCCUAAUGUUCCAAUAAUAAUGUUUAAAGUUCCUGAUAUGAUCUUCGAGAUUUACGUCUUGAUUUACCUUUGAUACGAUAAUGUUUCUUCAAAUUUCCUGCAAGUUAAAUUAACCCGUAAGAACGGUGAUUUUUUUCA